UGUCGAUGCAGAUGGUGGUGGUGACGGUUCACGGUUGGGUUGUACGUACAUACGUACCAAGUGUAAAUGUAAAAGUAUCUGCAGCAGUUUGCGGAAUCGCCGGGCGCGGUGUGGCAAAGAACAGUCUUUUUUUUAAAUAAAAAACCAACGAACAGAACUUGCGUGCAUAUUUUAUUAUUCUAAUAAGCGAAAUUUCUAUCUUGUCCGUAGUGUCGAAACCGCGUGUAUCAGUUUUGAACGACAGUAUCUCUUAACUUUGGUGAUGAAGUACGAUAUUUGAGCGAAUAAAUUAUUCUCUCACCUGCUUCCGAGUACAGUGAAUCUUCAGAAUAAUCGCGCGGUGUUGUGAAGUGCGAACCAAAAGGUUAAACGAGUGUGAACAUUUAUCCGAUUCAUCCGAUCAGAUUGUGAUAUAUUAAUUGUGAUACGUAAAGCGAAAACGAAAGAGAAUUACAUGCGCAUACAUAGGUAUUAUAACAAUGGAGUUGGUCAGCACGCGCGUUUAUCUCACUAACGUCAAUGUAGUCACGAGGGUCAAGAGUCUGUAAACUGUGAUCUCUCUGGUCGGUAGAAAAUUUACAGUGCAUCGCAAACGAUCGUUUCGGGAAUUAAUCAGUUCGAAUAUUUGAUCCGAAUUUUUACAAGCACUCCGUAUUCAGAUUCGGAAAAUUCAUCAGCUUAAAUGCAGGCACUAAAUACGAUAGUCGCAUUAUCUAUUCACUUAUUAUAACGAAUACACUUAUGGUUAUUUUUUUUAUUUUAUUUUUUAUUAUUCAUUUUUUUCACUUGCAGUAGCGUAUAAAUAGCGAGCCAAAUUCCAUCCAUACACGACACGAUUGUUAUCGCUUUCAUUAUUCUGUCACCUUUGACUCUAAUUGUCUUUGACGAUACUCACGAUCUAACCCGAACGAAAUACGCACAUUAAAUACAGAUUUGAUGUAAAUGGCAGAAAAAUUAUUGAUCACCUGAUUGCGUGUCACAUAGAUAUAUCUAUGUACGUGGAUACAUGCAUAAAUUUAUCAAAGGAAUGGGAAUAAUGUAUGCGUAUAAUCGGAAUUUGAAUUUGCUAAUAAAUUUGUAAAUGAUAAGGAUGUCUAGGUGAGUAACAUUCGAUAACGUAAGAAGCAGGUGAUUCUCGAUUAUGGAAUAAUUAACGUGACAUUAUAUACAGAUAUGUAACCUAUGACGCAAAUAUUGCAGAAUCUAUGAAAUCUAGUCGCAGGUUUAAUUUUAUUACUAGGCAUAUACAUAUGUUGGUGUGUAUACCUAUUCUUAUAUAUAGGAGGACCGGCUUCAUCUGAAAUUGCCACAACUUCCAAUGAACAAUAAAUAAGUUCUUAAUCUGCAGACUACGAUGCGAUACGUAUCGGUCACCAGUGGCAACAGAGACUGCCGAUUGCGCAGCAUCAGGUCGUUAUAACAUAAUUUCCAGGUGUUGCAGCAAUACCCUCGACAUAUAGUCGCUACACCCGUUCCAGUACCCUGAUUAUUGCAAUAAUUAUACAGAAUCAGGUCAUAUAGCUGCAAUAUCGCUAAGAGGUGUAGGUGAAAAUAACUCGAAUUAAAUUACGCGAAUGUUUGAUUUUUAACAAGAAAAAAGAAAUCCUAGAAAAAAAAAAACAAAAAAACUAGUAAAUAGAGAGAAAAAAAAAUUUCUGUUUAUGAAAUUACAGUAUCGAAUUUUUUGCAGGAUGAAAUACGCGAUAUGACCUCGGUGACUGUACCGAAGAUGAAAAAUAAUCUAAACAGCUGACACUGUUUUAUUUUACCUUAUUUUCUACCUACAACUAAUGUUGAUCGGAUAAUAAUCGGAGUUGAGAAAAAACAAAAUCGUGGGGUCAAACGAUAAAAUGUUGGUGCGAGAUGUUGUGAGUGAAAUAAGUUCGCGUAUCGGACUUGGAAUUGGUCCUGGAUGCGAACAGGGUGGUUUACAUCGCGGAAUAGCGAAUCUAGCAGCUUUACUUUUAGAAGAAGAAGAAUUAUCCGUAGAAGCAAGAAUAUCCGGAGGAGAAAACCGCGCGAUCGUAGGAGCUGAGAAUAGAAUACCAACAGUCAGUCCAAAUUAUGGAACUUCCGGGAGACCGAAUCAAAGGCCACAUCGUCCACAAGCCGAAUCGCCAAACAACGUAUCUGGCUCUCCACCAUCCACGAGCCCACUUUCAUCAUCCGUCAUACUACAAAGGGAAGGUGCUAUUACACAGCCUGCCAGUACCCCAGCCUCUCCUUUAUCCUCACUUUCAUCCCAAAUAACUCAGCUGAAUAUUUCAUCACCUGAGGACUGUACCCAGGAUCCCAAUUGGCAGGCUACAAAGUCUAGCGUGCGAGAACGCAAUGCUGCUAUGUUCAACAAUCACCUAAUGGCUGAUGUACAAUUUAUUGUAGGAAGCCCUGGCCACACUCAACCUAUACCAGCCCACAAAUACGUCCUAGCUACCGGCAGCUCGGUGUUUUAUGCCAUGUUUUACGGAGGUUUGGCCGAAAAUAAAAAGGAUAUCGAAGUUCCUGAUGUAGAGCCAGCAGCCUUUCUCACUCUACUGAAGUACAUGUACUGUGAUGAGAUUCAACUGGAGGCAGAUACUGUCCUCGCUACACUGUAUGUAGCAAAGAAGUAUAUCGUCCCUCAUCUGGCACGAGCGUGUGUGAAUUAUCUAGAAACGAGCCUGACGGCCAAGAACGCCUGCCUUUUGUUGAGCCAGUCUCGGCUAUUCGAAGAACCAGACCUCAUGCAACGCUGCUGGGAAGUUAUUGACGCUCAAGCGGAAAUGGCCCUGAGAUCUGAAGGUUUUGUGGAUAUAGACAUCCAUACCCUUGAGUCAGUGCUGUCGCGAGAAACCCUCAACUGUAAGGAAACUCACCUCUGGGACGCAGCUCUAAGAUGGGCUUCAGCUGAAUGUACAAGGCGCGAACUCGAAGCAACUCCGGCCAAUCAAAGGAGGUUGUUAGGAUCCGCCUUAAAUUUAAUAAGACUUCCAGCUAUGAGCUUGGAGGAAUUUGCUAAUGGCGUAGCACAAACUGGGAUUCUAAACCCACAGGAAACAAUAGAUAUUUUUCUUCAUUUCACUGCAAGUAGCAAACCACAACUUUGUUACCCAAUCAAACCACGACAAGGGCUGAAGACUCAGGUUUGUCACAGGUUUCAAUCAUGUGCAUACAGAUCUAACCAGUGGCGUUACAGAGGGAGAUGCGAUUCGAUCCAAUUUAACGUCGACAAACGGAUUUUUGUCGUUGGUUUUGGUUUGUACGGAAGUUCUUCGGGUGCUGCUGACUAUAACGUUAAAAUAGAACUGAAGCGAUUGGGCCGCGUUUUGUCGGAGAAUAAUACGAAAUUCUUCUCCGAUGGUUCCAGUAAUACAUUUCACGUUUACUUCGAGAAUCCUAUUCAAAUAGAACCAGAGUGUUUUUAUACUGCGAGCGCAAUACUCGACGGUGGUGAAUUAAGUUAUUUUGGUCAAGAGGGGAUGUCCGAAGCAACAAUUGGCAGUGUUAAUUUUCAAUUUCAAUGCAGCUCGGAAAGUACCAAUGGAACGGGUGUACAGGGUGGUCAAAUUCCAGAACUUAUAUUUUACGGUCCUCCCACAGAUGAUUGAUGGGAAUUCAUCCCAGAGAUAAUGGUUUAAUCAUCCAAUGAUCUGAAUCAUAGCCUGAUCAGUCUCUAAUUUUUAUUAUUCUUUUUCUCCCCCCUUCCCUUCCGUGUUACGUAUCGAGGGGGUCUAUUCCAUUACAUAUUAAAUAUAUUUAGAAUUAUUUAUUUAGCUAACCCGAUCAUGGAGUACGACGAUUUCAGAAUAUAAAGUCGUUACUUCAUUUAUGAAGUCACCUAAAUAACAUUGACUAUGGCUCGAGGCUACAAUUUUGACAAGAACGGUAACAGGAAUUAGCCAGAAAUAUAUUUCGACAUAGUUGCAAUGUGCUCUUGAUUCAACGGUCAAUCGCUUGGUUCUUAUUAUGGAAAUUGUGAUACGACAGCUCUUCAAACAAUAUUCGUGGAAUAAUUGUUUGAAAUCUUGAAUAUACACUAAGCUAAAUGAGACUUAUUUCUUCAUCGCCAAUUUAACGCACAGAUCACAACAAAGAUGAAGGGAUUGAAACCCUUUGAUUGAUCCAUUAAACGUGGUAAUGGUUUAGGGUGCAGAAAUUAAAGUUUAAUACCCCAACAUAUGGCACCCUAGUUCAUAGAGUUGGCAUCCGAGUAUACAUGGGUAUAUUUUGUAAGCAAAACGAAAGUUGUACUUAGCUAAUGUAAGUGGAUAAGCGUCUAUCGCGUUUAAUUCCAAAGCUCCUUGAUCCUCAAUAAAACUUGAUGAAAACAGUAGAGACUUAAUGUACAAAUUGGUUCUUACGUAACUAUAAACUAUGUGGUGAUCAGUUUUGUAAACCAGUGGCAAAUAAUCAACAGAUGCGCAUAAAUAUAUUCACAGGUAUAAAAACCUGACAUUUAUAAAUUAUACCAAGUAGACAAGUUAUUGUUAAAUCUAUGCUAGGCCCCGAAGACCAUCUAAUAAUGACAAUUUAGAGAUUUAAACUUUCCAAGCAUUAUCUCGUAAGUAGGCGAUAAUUUAUUGCUCGAAAAUAGUUACGACAAUGAAUUGUGAUGUUAGAUUUGCUUACAGCAUUUCAUCUGUAUAGAAAUUCAUUAUUUCCUAUAUGUAUACCGUUAUUUCAUAAUAUAACCACAUGAAAUGUA